AUGCGCUCCAAGAUAGUUAUCGGAACUGUCCUAGUAUUGUGGGCAGUAUUGACUUGGCUGUUUGGUCAUCUGUACCAAGAGUUAUUAAAUGUGUAUGAGCAGUCAGACUCAUUGAUAGACUCCGACUACUCAUGGUGCUUUCGGCUGCUUCUAAAUUUAGUCGGAUAUUCCACAGUCCUGGUGCCUGGAUAUAUGCUUUACAAGUACCUGGAGAAAACGAAUUAUUUUGAUAAAAUUACAAACAAGACAUGGCUCUCGCGAGUCCUGUUCGCGUGCUUUGGAGAGCCUGGUGAGAAGCUACCGGAAGCUGUCAAACCCGCCAAGGUGAAUGACACUCGUGAAGGAUUUGAACUAGUGUUCUGCUUCGUCGGUCUAAUGGGCGCUUACCUAGUAUGGGGACUGCUGCAGGAGAAAAUUAUGACACAGAACUACGUGAUGGCAGACGGCAGCCUGGUGCGGUUCAACGACUCGCAGCUGCUGGUGUUCAUCAACCGGCUGCUGGCCUUUCUGAUCGCGCUGGGCCGCCUUCUGUGGACCGGUCAGCCAAUCAUCGCGGCUCCACUCUACAAGUUUUCCUACUGUUCGCUCACUAACAUUAUCAGCGCCUGGUGCCAAUACGAGGCGCUUAAGUUCGUCAGCUUCCCCACCCAGGUGCUUUCCAAAUCCUGUAAAGUGAUCCCAGUGAUGCUCAUGGGCAAGUUGAUCUCGCGUAACAAGUACGAGAUGUACGAGUACGUGACCGCGAUUCUCAUCUCCGUCGGUAUGGUGCUCUUCAUGUACGGCAGCCACGAUGAUUAUGCAGUGUCUGCCGCGACGACCGGUUCGGGCGUGGCGCUGCUGGCGCUGUACAUGGCAUGCGACAGCUUCACGUCGUCGUGGCAGGCGGCGCUGUUCGCGCGCCACUCGCCGCGGCCGCUGCAGAUGCUCGCCGCCGUCAACCUGUGCUCGCUGGCGCUCACCGCCGCCGCGCUGCGCCACCACGCGCGCGUCCGCGACCGCACGCGCCUGCUGCAGCACCCAGUGUUCGUGAUGGACUGCCUGCUACUGUCUCUGAGCUCAGCGGUGGGACAAAUGCUGAUCUAUCGCACCAUCGCUCGCUUCGGGGCAGUUGUUUUCACCAUUAUUAUGACUCUUAGACAGGCGGUGUCGAUCCUGGUGUCGUGCGCGGUGUACGGGCAGGCGUGCUGCUCGUUACAUAUUACAUGGUGUCGAGCUGGUGUGUACAGUGUGCGGUGUGUGCAGGCGGUGUCGAUCCUGGUGUCGUGCGCGGUGUACGGGCACGGCGUGUCGUGGCGAGGUGCGGGCGGCGUGCUGCUGGUGUUCGCGGCGGCCGCGCUGCGUAUCUACUGCCGCGAGCGCACGCGCCGGCGCGCGCAACUCAUUCGAAGAACGCCGUGA